UACAAGACAUAUGACAAAAUAACAGCAGUAUUAACAGUUUUCUGCUGGUUUAUAGUGAAACGUAUAUUUAUGAUUUUUUAAAUUCACCCUCUAUAAACACUCCGAUAUGGGUGCAGUAUUAAGAGAAAAGCAAAUAAAUGCUUUAAAGAGAAUGUUAAAUUUCAAUGCCAAUGUGACUAAAACAUCUGUUGCUGAACCAGUUUGGAAGGUUUUGGUGUAUGAUCGCUUUGGUCAAGAUAUCAUUUCACCACUUUUGUCUGUAAAAGAAUUAAGAGAAAUGGGUGUUACUCUUCAUCUGUUGCUACAUUCAGAUAGAGAACCUAUACCUGAUGUUCCUGUUCUAUAUUUUGUUAUGCCAAAUGAUGAAAAUAUAACCAGAAUUGCUCAGGAUUUUAGAAAUCAGCUAUAUGACUCUUAUUGUUUAAAUUUUAUCUCUCCUAUUUCACGUCAGAAGCUAGAAGAUUUAGCUAGUGCUUCGAUACAAGCCGGUUGUGUUUCUUCAGUUUCAUCAGUGUUUGAUCAGUAUCUGAACUUCAUAACUCUUGAAGAUGAUAUGUACAUUUUAAGACACCAAGACUGUGGGUCUAUAAACUAUUUUGCUUUUAAUAGAGGUGAUGUCAAAGAUUCUGAAAUGGAAAAAAUAAUUGAUAAUGUUGUAGACAGUUUAUUCUCAGUAUUUGUGACACUUGGUGUGGUUCCAAUAAUAAGAAGUCCUAGAGGAAAUGCAGCUGAAGUGGUAGCUGAGAAAUUGGACAAAAAGAUUCGAGAAAAUCUCAGGGAUACCAGAAACAGUCUUUUCACUACCGAUGGAAUGCCAACAUCUUUCACGUUCCAAAGACCAUUGUUGGUAGUUUUAGAUAGAAAUCAAGAUAUGGCUACACCAUUGCAUCACACUUGGACUUAUCAGGCUCUCGCCCAUGAUGUGUUGGAUCUUCAGUUAAAUCGAGUAACUAUUGAGGAAACAACUGAGAAAACUAGUCACUUAGGUGCAAGACCUAGGAAAAAAACCAAGACAUUUGAUUUAAACCCCUCUGAUAAAUUCUGGAUGCAAUAUAAAGGAAGUCCUUUUCCCAUUGUUGCUGAGGCUGUUCAAGAAGAGCUAGAUUCAUAUAGAUCAUCUGAAGAAGAAGUGAAAAGAUUAAAAGCAGCUAUGGGUUUAGAUGCUGAUAGCUCCAAUGAUGAAAUAAUUAAUUCUGUGACUGAUAAUACUGCUAAAUUAACAUCUGCUGUGAGUUCUCUUCCUGAACUUCUUGAAAAAAAGAGAAUAAUUGAUAUGCAUAUGACUAUUGCUACAGCAAUUUUAGAUCAUAUUAAGAGUCGCAAAUUAGAUGUAUACUUUGAAAUUGAAGAAAAAAUCAUGGGCAAAGCAACAUUGGAAAAAUCAUUGAUGGACAUGAUUUCUGAUCCUGAAGCUGGAUUACCAUCUGACAAACUUCGUUUAUUCCUAAUGAGCUUUAUAUGUGGGCCUUCUCUAUCCGAAGCAGAAGUUGAUCAAUACGUCACUGCUCUACAAGAUGCUGGAUGCGAUAGUGAGACUAUGAAAUAUAUGAGAAGGUGGAAAUCUUACAGCAAAAUCUCUCAAACUGCAAAUCAGUACAGUGGAGGUACUAAAACCGUAAGUAUGUUCUCAAAACUGAUGUCACAUGGAUCUCAGUUUGUAAUGGAAGGUGUAAAAAAUCUGGUAGUCAAAAAACAUAAUUUGCCUAUUACAAGGAUAGUAGAUUCUUUAAUGGAGAUAAAAUCAUUACCUGAAACUGAAGACUAUAGAUACUUUGAUCCAAAACUUUUAAGAGCUACUGACAGCUCCAUGGUUCCUAGAAAUCGUGCUCCUUUCCAAGAUGCUGUUGUGUUUGUUGUUGGCGGUGGAAACUACAUAGAGUACCAAAAUUUAAUAGAUUAUACAAAGGGAAAAACGAAUCCUAUGCAAAAGAAAAUUAUUUAUGGUUGCUCUGAUCUUGUGAAUGCAGAUAGAUUUUUAAAGCAGCUUCACCAAUUAGGAGAAGAAAUUCAGUAAUGGAUUGAAAUCUACGCCUUUGCUGUAUAAUAAACUGUGUAAAUCACUCCUGUAUGAACAAUUUAUGUACAUACCAUAUAUUAUACUUUUUCUCAGUGUAAUUAAAAGCAGGUCUUUAUGUCUCAUAUAUAUUUUGUAUCAUCAUCUGUUUGCCAUUAAAAUUUAUCUUUCUUAACAA